AACUUCACACCAUAGUCACCACAACCAAAAAAAUAAGUAUUUCCGGCCUUAUCCAAUUUUCCGACAAUUUCAUCGUAUUUUUUGGGCAAAAUGUGUGAUUUUGAGUCGACGCGACCUAAUUGUGUUGUACAUAACCACUUUUUUGAGUGGUUGCUCCCAUGCCUAGCUUCACGUCGUUGAUAAAAAAUAACUUCGCUCCUGUCAGGCUUAUUGUGAUUUUGGCAAAUAUCGUGUUAUUUUGAAUUAAUUUGAUGUUAAUUAUGUCGGAGAUUAUUGAUGUCGACACUGCUGAGAGCAGCGGCACCGAAAACCACGUGAAAAAGUACGAAAUCUCGGCAAGUUUGAAGGAAAAACUCCGGGAGCUUCCCGAGGCGCUGGCUUACAUCAGACUUUUGGAAAAACAGAUAAGGAAGCAGAAGAAAAAGCUGAGAAAACUCCGUGCGAAAUUGAAGGUGAAGCGUCAUGACGUCGGCACGCAAACCGAGACCAAAAGCAUCAUUGAGGAGAUAACUGAAGCGGCGGAAUUAGCAACGCAAAACCAGGGUUUCGUGUACGAUGAGGCCUCAGGGAUGUAUUACGAUUCGAAUUCGGGUUAUUAUUACAAUGCGGAGUACGGGUUGUACUACGAGCCGAAUACAGGCACCUACAUGACCUACAAGCAAGAGACGAACACGUACGAGUUUCAUUCGCGCGUGCACGUACCGCGGGAGAUUCAAAAAGAAGUUGUUAAACGAAAAAAGAAAAGUAAGGAUGAGUCAAAAGCCUCGAAAUGCGCCAAAUUGGACAACGAUACGUCACAAGCGGAAACGGAAGAGGGGGAGUGUUCCGGGAGUAGUACCACCGAUGACGACACUAAUUCUGACACAAGUGAUAUUUCAAAACCGUGGCCACCUUGCAUGCGAAUAAUCGUGGAACAGUCGCAAGUGCCUAAAAUCAAACUUGGUUCCUUGCACAUUGUGACGAUUGAAGGUGGUACCUUGGGUCGGGAGGGGAACCACUCAAUUGUCCUCCCUGACAUAAACAUAAGCAAAAGUCACUUGAAAUUCACCUACGACCAGGAAAAAAGCACUUAUUACGCGACUGACUUGGGUUCACGUAAUGGUACCAUUUUGAACGGCAAAAGAAUGAGUACCUCAAAGCAAGAGAGCGACGCUCUGGAGGUACCACACGGGAGCCGAAUCCAAGUGGGUUCUGUGGUACUUUUAUGUCACGUCCAUGACGGGUACAAAACUUGCGGUCAUUGUGAACCCGGCCUGGUUCAAAGUACCGAAAAAAAAAUUGAGGUCGUGUCGAAAGCCACAAAGAGCGAUCAACACAAAAGUGAGCUGAAAAAGUUGCGUAAAAAAUUCGGGGUGAGUCUUUACGAGGAAAGUGGGACCAAGUUAGCGUCCGGUUAUACCGACCGGGCGCAAAAACGGCGCGAAACUGUCGGCAGUCAAAAUCCGCAUGAGAAAACCGAAGUUGCGUCCUUGGACGAAUCAAUUUCGGCCAAAAAUAAGGGGUUCAAAAUGUUGGAGAAAAUGGGCUGGAAGGAGGGCCAGUCGUUGGGGAAGGACAGUCAAGGGUUGUUGGAACCAGUCAAGUUGGUAUCGAAUCCGGGGACGUCCGGGAUGGGGAGUGGUGGGGAUAAUGCAGUUGUGGAGCAGUACGAUAAAAAUAAACAAAUUAUAUGGAAGAAGACACAGGAGAGGUUUAAGAAGUUGCCAACGACUACUGUUUCCGAAGUUUUUGAAUUGUCGGAUUGAUGUUUGUGGUUUUUGAUAGUUAAUUUGUUGUAAAUAUUUUCCUAAAUAAAUUAUUUUUUGAUAUAUGAA